UAAGAGUUCGGAUAUUGUCAAUUAUAUUUUGUAUGCGGGAAUUUUAACCAGUUUUUCGUUGAGCCACAUCAAGAAUACAGACGUAUCGUUUAAAGGAUACAUUGUUAGCCCACAGGGUAGCUGUAGUUAGCCAUGGAGGAUGGGAAACCAGUGUGGGCGCCCCACCCCACCGAUGGGUUUCAACUGGGCAUGAUCGUGGACAUUGGAGCUGGCGCCCUCACCAUCGAACCAUUCAACCGGAAGGGCAAGACCUUUCUGGCUUCUAUGAACCAAGUGUUCCCUGCUGAGGAGGAUGUCAACAAACAAAUGGAGGACAACUGUUCUCUUAUGUACCUGAAUGAAGGCACACUCUUAAACAACGUCAGAGUGCGGUAUAGUAAAGACAAGAUUUAUACUUAUGUGGCCAACAUCUUGAUUGCGGUGAACCCUUACUAUGACAUACCCAAACUGUACACUCCAGAGACCAUCAAGUCUUAUCAGGGCCGGUCCCUAGGCACUCUACCACCUCACGUCUACGCUAUCGCGGACAAGGCUUACCGGGACAUGAGGGUGCUGAAGAUGAGCCAGUCAAUCAUAGUGUCUGGAGAAUCUGGGGCCGGGAAGACAGAAAACACAAAGUUUGUCCUCAGAUAUUUAACAACAUCAUACGGAACGGGGCAAGAUAUUGAUGAGAGAAUUGUUCAAGCAAACCCCCUGCUUGAGGCCUUUGGAAACGCCAAGACAGUCAGAAAUAACAACAGCAGUCGUUUUGGGAAAUUUGUGGAAAUCCACUUCAAUGAAAAGAAUAAAGUGGUGGGUGGCUUCGUGUCCCACUACCUGCUGGAGAAGUCAAGGAUUUGCAUGCAGAGUAAAGAGGAGAGGAACUACCACAUCUUCUACAGGCUAUGUGCCGGAGCCUCCGAGGACAUCAGACAGAGGCUGCACCUUGACUCCCCUGACAGCUUCAGGUAUUUGAAUCGAGGAUGCACCAGAUACUUUGCCAGCAAGGACACAGACAAACAGAUCAUGCAGAAUCGCAAGAGUCCUGAGCAUGUGAAGCUGGGCGCCCUGAAGGACCCUCUGUUGGACGACCAGGGAGACUUCAACAGGAUGUGCGGGGCCAUGAAGAAGAUUGGCCUGGAUGACACGGAGAAGCUGGACCUGUUCAGGGUGGUGGCCGGGGUGCUGCACCUGGGCAACAUUGACUUUGAGGAAACCGGGAGUACAUCGGGCGGCUGCAUCCUGAUGAACCAGUCUAGUCAGAAGCUGGCCUACUGUGCUGACUUGCUGGGCCUAGACCAGGAGGACCUGAGAGUCAGCCUCACCACCAGGGUCAUGCUCACCACAGCAGGGGGCGCCAAAGGAACAGUUAUCAAGGUGCCUUUGAGGGUGGAACAGGCGAACAACGCCCGGGACGCCCUGGCCAAGGCAGUGUACAGCUGCCUCUUCGAUCACGUGGUCAGGAGGGUCAACCAGUGCUUCCCCUUCAAAACCUCCUCCAACUUCAUCGGGGUGCUGGAUAUCGCCGGCUUCGAGUAUUUUGAACACAACAGCUUUGAGCAGUUCUGCAUCAACUACUGCAACGAGAAGCUGCAGCAGUUCUUCAACGAGCGCAUCCUGAAAGAGGAGCAAGAGCUAUAUCAGAGGGAAGGACUGGGAGUCAAUGAAGUUCGUUAUGUCGACAACCAGGACUGCAUAGACCUGGUGGAAGCAAAACUAGUGGGCAUCCUGGACAUUCUGGAUGAAGAGAACCGUCUACCACAGCCCAGCGACCAUCACUUUGCCAACACAAUCCACAGCCAGCACAAAGACCACUUUAGACUGACGGUCCCUAGGAAGUCGAAGCUGGCUGUUCACAGGAAUGUCAGAGAUGAUGAAGGCUUCAUCGUCAGACACUUUGCCGGAGCUGUGUGCUACGAGACGAUCCAGUUUGUAGAGAAGAAUAACGAUGCCCUCCACAUGUCUUUGGAGAGCCUUGUGUGUGAGUCCAAGGACAAGUUUGUGCGAGAGCUUUUUGAGAACAACAGCAAGGACUCCAAGCAGAAGGCUGGCAAACUCAGUUUCAUCAGUGUGGGCAAUAAAUUCAAGACCCAGUUGAACCUACUGCUGGAGAAGCUUCGCAGCACUGGCUCCAGCUUCAUUCGCUGUGUAAAACCCAACUUAAAGAUGGUGAGCCACCAGUUUGAAGGAGCCCAGAUUCUGUCUCAGCUGCAGUGUUCAGGCAUGGUGUCAGUGCUGGACCUAAUGCAGGGCGGCUUCCCCUCCCGAGCUCCCUUCCAUGAGCUCUACAACAUGUACAAGCAAUACAUGCCUGACAAGCUCAUACGACUGGACCCCAGGCUCUUCUGCAAGGCUUUGUUCAAAGCACUAGGGCUGAAUGAGAAUGACUACAAGUUUGGGUUGACCAGAGUAUUCUUCCGUCCUGGGAAGUUUGCAGAGUUUGACCAAAUCAUGAAGUCGGACCCGGACCACCUGGCAGAGCUGGUGAAGAAGGUCAACCAGUGGCUGGUCAUCAGCCGCUGGAAGAAGGUCCAGUGGUGUGCCCUUUCCGUCAUCAAAUUGAAGGAGAAGAUGAAGUAUCGUGCCUCUGCCCUUAUUAAGAUUCAGAAGACCGUCCGCAUGUGGCUCUGUAAGAGGAAACAUAAGCCACGCAUCGAUGGCAUGGUGAAGGUGCGUAACCUGAAAACGCGGAUGGAGCGCUUCAACGAGGUGGUGGGUGCACUGAAGGAGGGCAAGCAGGAGAUCGCCAAGCAGGUCCAGGAGCUGGGGGCCUCCAUCGACACCCUUAUGGCCAAGAUUAAGGCAACAGUAAUGACCCGGAAGGAGAUUGACCAGGAGUACCAGGGUCUGGUGAAGCGCUUGGAGCAACUGCUCUCCUCUAUGCAGAAGAAGAAGCAGGAGGAGGAGGAGAUGGAGAGGCUGCGGCGCAUCGAGGAGGAGAUGGCGCAGGAGAGGAGGCGAAGGGAGGAGGAGGACCAGCGACGCCAGAAGGAGGAAGACGGUAGAAGGAUGAAAUCGGAGAUGGAGCAUAAGAGGAAGCAGGAAGAAGAGGAAAGGAAGAGGAGGGAGGAAGAGGAGAGGAUAAUGCAGGCGGAGAUGGACAUCCAGAUAGCGUUGGAGCGAGAGGAGGACGCCCAGCGGUCAGCCGUGUUGGAGCAGGAGAAGAGGGAUAGAGAGCUGGCCAUGAGGAUCGCCCAGAGUGAAGCCGAACUCAUCACCGACGAGGCCCUGAUGGACCUCAGCCUGCGCAGAAAUGGGUCUUUCUCAGGUCUCUAUCCAGACACAGUGAGAUCCAUUGCUGAUGGACUUCAAAACCUCAAAGCAAUCACAAUGGAGGAAAUGGCGCUGGAAAUGUCACAACUUCUGGCUUGGGGUCCACAGGUGCAGGCACUCAAAGCCGCCGGCGUGAGGAAGUACGACCUGAGCAAGUGGAAGUACGCCGAGCUGCGGGAUGUCAUCAACACCUCGUGCGAUAUUGAGCUGCUGGCGGCAUGCAGGGAGGAGUUCCAUCGCCGUCUAAAGGUCUACCACGCCUGGAAGGCCAAGAACAAGAAACGUGACACAGCCACGGAGCAGAGGGCCCCCAAAUCUAUCACAGACUACGCCCAACAGAACCCGGCUCCAGCCGUGGCCGCCCAGCAGCAGGAGAUAGACAUGAACCGCCAGCAGCGCUACUUCCGCAUCCCCUUCAUCCGUCCCAGUGACCAGUAUAAGGAUCCCCAGAACAAGAAGAAGGGCUGGUGGUACGCCCACUUUGACGGGCCCUGGAUCGCCAGGCAGAUGGAGCUACACCCAGACAAGCAGCCCAUCCUACUGGUGGCAGGAAAAGAUGACAUGGAGAUGUGUGAGCUAAGCUUGGAGGAGACGGGCCUGACCACGAAGAGGGGUGCUGAGAUCCUCCCUCGGCAAUUUGAGGAGAUCUGGGAACGCUGCAACGGGAACAUGUACCUGCGAAACGCCAUCGAAAGCAGACAGGCCAGGCCCACGUACGCCACAGCCAUGCUGCAGAACCUCCUCCAGUGAACCAGAGGAGCACCCAUGUCCAUGGGCUCAAAAGGAAUACAGUAAAUAAAGGGAAGAAAGCAGAAGCACUCCCUGUUAUAGCAGUCUUUGAGGCUAACUGUUAUCUCACUAAGGGCAUUUAAACAUUUUACUUAGAUUUGUUGAUGUUGGUUUUGUUUCUUUGUUAGUUUGCUGUGAAUAUACAUACCAAUUUACAUCUCGUCCUCAAGCAAUGACCUCCGCUUGAAUAAAAAUUUUACUACGAGGCCUUAA